CCCGCACGUACUCAGAUUCUCCAAGACGGCCGUAUUCUCUGCUUGAUACCUGCUUGUCUAGUCAAAGUGCCUCACAACGCUUCCGUUAUACAUAACUUAGCAUGCCGCCAAGGCGAAAAAUAUACGAGGAGGAAUCGGAGGACGAGGAGGUAGCCAGUGAGGCGCAGUCAGAGGUCAUGGAGGACGAGCUUGAUAUGGAUGUGGAUGACGAUGAACAGGGCGAAGCCGACGACGUAGACGUGGUGGGAGACAUCGAGCACGACGACGAGGCAGUGGUGGAUGACAAUGAUGUAGUGGAGGAGGACAUCGAGGAUGAGCUGGCAGACGAUGUCUCUGAGACAGAACCCGAAGUCGCGGCCCCGACGAGACUCAAGAUCAAGCUGAAGCUCCCACAGAACGCGGGCCCAAGCUCUGCUGCCACAAGGUCGUCCGCGCACAACACCCCAUCUCGUGCCUCGCGUCGAAAUGUACCACGAGGGAGCGAUAUUGAGUCCGAAGAUGAUGACGAUGAGGACGAUGAUGAGGGGUCUACACGUUCCGCCUCGGAAGCUACCACAGGCGCGGGCAGUCGGGCUUUGACGGCACGUCAAGCGGUCUUGAGAAAUGUCGUGGACUCCUCGCACGUCUCUUUGGCCGAGGCCCCUAACCCACGGAAGAAGAAACCACUGACGGAGAUCGAAAUUGCACUCAAACGCGAAGAGACCGCGAGGAAACGUCGAAAUCUGACUGAGAAGAAAUUGGAGGACGAAAAGGCUGAGACCAUCAACCGUCUCCUUAAGAAGCAAUCCCGUGCGCGUGGCAAACGGAAUGCACUCGCGACGGCAGAGGACAAGCCCGCACCUGGGGACAACGCCCUAGGCGAAGGAGAAGAAGAAGACAUUGUGGACACCCCAGCCCUCGUGCCGACAAUGUAUCGAUGGGUAUCGCGAGCGCAACCUCUUCCGAAAGCGGGAGAGGAGGGAGAAGGCUCGGUUCCGCCUACCGAGAGGACCUCGGUGAUCUCAUUUUCGAUCCCGGUAGCGGCGCUGCCUCCGACCGAUGCAGCCGGGGACAACGCAAUGCAAGUGGACAACCCGCCGCCCAGACUACCGCCAUCUAGCCCGCCACAUUGUGACGUACAGGGGUGCUCAGAGUUUAGGAAGUAUCGUCUUGUGCGCGACUUCCACAAGGGCGCGUGUGGUAUGAGCCAUUUGAAGGUGCUAGAGGCUCAGACGGUCUAGAGUUUGUCGCGCCGCAUGCCGCCGCCGUAUUGGGCUGCUUCAUGAUGUAUGCUCGGAGUCGUAUCGUUUAGGGCGAUUGUUGAUUAUUGCUUUACCUUGUUGUAUUUUGUAGUAUCAUGGCAUUGCAAUGUUUCAAGCUUGGGAGUCAGAGGCUUGCACUGAUAAGUCGCGACCUAUUUGCGCACACCGUCCAGAAACAAGACACGCAUAGAUAGGAAUAGGUUACGUCCUCGCACCCUCGCGACUACUGAUUCACAAGCACUCCAAAUACGUAGUCCAUAGUGUCUGACCUAUCUACAAUCAAAGCAACGGCCUCAACACGUACAAGAAAGCACAUGCCAGCAACGACGUUUGGAAGAGGAGAGCAGAAGGAAGCAAGGUAAUCGAGCCUGAGUUGAUCGGGAGUAGCCCCGCUUGCUGAGGGCUCG